CCAACUCUAGGGCAGAAUAUCGCAUUAAAACGACUAACGGUUAAUGAGGGUAGCAGCAAUGUUUGGCUACGGUAGACGCAAAGUGGGUGACAGUAGUUCAAAUUCGACAAGAUUAAUACUGCAAAUUUGCGCAAACUUCCCCGUUUUCCCGCAUUGUUCAAGACGUCCGUGGAAAAAAGGGUGGGGAUUCCGAUCAAAACAAAAACGAAAGUGUCAAAAUGGUGUCAGGGGAUUUUUAACGAGGAAAACUUAAUUUUCCUGCAGUUCUACGUAAACUAAUUGCACCUUCUACGGAAUUAUCUACUUCGUGAGUAACUGCAAGGAGAUGGAGCCGCCCGGUGUGGAAACGGGGGUCGAAUUUCCGAAAAACCCUCUGCUGUGCCCCAUUUGCCAUGACUAUUUCACCGAGCCGUGCAUACUGAGCUGCUAUCACACGUUCUGCGCCCGUUGCCUGCGCGGUCGCGAACAGGAUCGACGUCUCGUCUGCCCGUUUUGCCGGCAACCGACAAUGUUGAAGGACGGUUCGUCCCUUCCACCGCCCGAUCUGCUGAUGCGCCAACUAAUAGACAUAGCUAACAGCGAGAAUCCCCCUUGUUCGAACUGCGACAAACGAGACAGGGCCAACAUGUACUACUGCAACACAUGCGGCCAGGCAUUGUGCGUGAUGUGCAGGGACAACACCCACCGUGCCAAGAUGUUCUCGAUGCACGAAAUCGUCCACAUGACUAAGUGCAUGAAAGAGCCGAAGAAGUGCAUGCAACACGCCGAACCGUACAUCAUGUUCUCACCGGUCCAAAACAUGAUGUUGUGCGUGAACUGCUUCAGGGAUCUGCCGGCUGACAUGCGCAGUCAGUGUCUGGACAUCGACACUGCGCAUAACCAAGCGUCGAAACGGCUGGAGCGUGGACAGAACGCCAUAAUGGAUCUACAAACUUCCGUACGCGACAGUAUUAUAGCGUUGAAGGGGCUGAUGGAUGAGCUGCGCAGGAACAUGGACAGCGAGAAGCACACUAUCAACACCUUCUGUCAGGGCAUGCAGGAGGCCAUGGCCAAAACCCACGCAGCCAUGAUAAUGGAGGUGCAACGCCAGUACGAGAGCAAGGAACGUGUCUACAAGAGCCAACUACUGGUAUUGGGCACCGUGAUGCCGGUGCUGCAGUUGCACCUGGUUUUGUGCACUACUUUCACAGCAGCCGCCAACAAGUACCAGUUUUUGGAACUGAGUCCGUCGCUCAUCGACCGACUGUCGGCCGUCAGCCAGCUGAGUCAGCCCGUUAGGUCAUUACAAUCGUCCAACAUCAAGACGAAUUAUAGAAGCGAGUUUGCGCAGAGUUUGGAGCCCUGGAUAGGUCCUGCAGCUGUCAGUCAACAUCAGUCUGAACUGGCGGCUUCUUCGACAAAGAUAUACGAAAGCGAAGCUCCAACGGCAAAGAAACACCAGACCGUCCUGAAGAACAAAAUACUGGAGGGCGACAACUCGUUCUCCUCGCACUGCCGCAGCUUCGAGUCGCAGAUCCGGGAGCUCAAUCAAAAGUUCAACAACGUCAAAGAGAAAGUAAGCGACCUACACAAAGACAUAAUGGCACUCAGGAAGGCCCAAACACCACCCCUGAUCACCCGCUACGAACUACUGUCCAGAGAGUGUUUACACUUGGAUCAAACGUUAGAACGCCAACACCAGGACCUGGAUCGCAUGGCCAAGAUGUUCGACCAGUCGUGGCAGGAGCAGUAUCUGAGGCUACGCGUCGAACAGGAGGUUUUCAGUUACCAAAUCGCCGACAUCAACACCUUAAGGACCGAACUGAAGCAUCUGACUCAAGUGGCCACGCAGCUGGAACCCUACAUCCGUUCCUUGACACCCUCGCAACUCGCCACUCAGACGGAAAAGAGUGCGAACGAACAGGCGGAACAUCUGGCCUCGUUGCUUCAACACAUCGGCAUUCUGCAGCAGUCCGAGGCUUUGGGCAAGAUACCGCGUUCUAGGAGCCGCGUCCUGGGACAACUACUGGAGAAGGUCAGGCCUAACAUUCAAGAGAGGGAGCGCAGCAAGUCGGCAGGUAGUCAGAGCGAGAAGCCGUUGUCCACGCCGCAGAAGCCGAAGAAGUUGGGCAGCACUCAGCAGAUGAGCAUCGACAGGCUGGAAGCUCACAUCAAGGAGAAGUUGCAUGACAUGAUGUGCAGGAGGCAAAGCAGUCAACCCUCUUCCAAAUCCGACACUGAGUUGAAGGACGACAGAAAACUGAGCAAAACCGAUUUGGAUGCAAUCGGCAAAAUCGGCACGAAGCAAAGGAUCAUGUACAAGAAAAUCGGGAAAAGCUGCGACAAGAUUAACGCCAGCAGCAAAUCGGACGGGGAAACCAAAAAGGGUAAAUCCGAAUCGGACUAUCAACGAAUCGCCGACGCCACAUCGCAGAACGUCAAAGGUUUGCUGCACGAAUCGAAAAGCAGCCCGAGCAGUCCGAAAUGCAAGAACAAAAUGAAACUCCAGCAACGCCAGAAGAAGCCGAAAGUUUACCCCUACAGUGACGGGGAGGAUAACGUUUUUUAUUCGAUGAACGAUUCGGCUGAUUCUUUGAGCACUUCGUCCAGGCGGUCCUCGUACGACGGACAAGAUAAAACGUUUGUGGUCGUCGUCAGCAAGAAGAGCAACAAGAACAUGACGCUGGCCCAGAAACAACGUUCCUGGGAGACGUUCCCGCCGAAACGCAGGAACCACAUGUGCCAGAAACUGUCUGCGCCAAUGCCGUUGAAGAAGGCCGACAGCUUCGAAGGUCACGAGGAAGCGGUAAAGAGUCUAGUGGCUGCGGUGCAGGAAACCAGAAGAAAACCAAAAGGCGGCAAUUAACAAAGGGAAACCGGCGACGGAGAUUUUGGGUACUGGAAAAUAUUGAUGUAUGCCAAAUUCCGAGGAAAACUGUGAAUGUGGGAGUUUCCUCGACACCUUAGUAUAAAAACGCCGUGGCGUAUUAGUAUUGUAACAGUAUUAACGCACCUAAUUAACGGUUGUUUCGACGUUUAUUGGAUGCUUGGUAGUUGAUAGUUAGAAUUAGACGCGAACUCGUCCAGUCGUUCUUGAAAUUAACGAUUAUUUAGAUUAAGAACCGUUCAAAAACAAGUAGUUAACUCGGAUAAUCACGUUCACUUGUUUUAUGCUGCCAUAUUACAACAAUAUUUAGAUUAAUAGUACCGUCGUGUAUGUGGUACGUAACUUAAACGUUUUAGCGUGUUCUGCGAUAGUUUUAAGAUUUAAUCCUUGCACAUUUACUGAAUGAAGUACAUAUUUAUACAGUCACGUGUUACAAAAAAAAUUGUCUUAUUAUUUAAAUAUAUGAUUGUUUGUGUGUAUUAUUUUGAAUGUUAUAUUUGUUGUGUAAUUUAUUUGUAUUGUUGUUUAUAUUAUUUCGUUACGAUUGAAAUAAAUUUAUU